UUCCUGUGCUUCCCAUCCAAAGUGCGUGAUCUGUCGCUCCCCUGUGGUAGUAAAUGGAACUGCAGUGUUACGCCUAGCCCUCCUGCCUUUGCCAAACACCCUGCCAACCAAACAGCUAACGUCACUGAGGAUCUAACUGGGCCACCCUUCCUCUCAGGUUGUCCCGACGGGGCGCGAGAUGGGCGGGGAGUGCGCAUCGUUGGGGGCACCCUGGCUGAGGAAGAUAAGUGGGGCUGGCAGAUAAGUCUGCACUGGAGGGGAAAGCACGUCUGUGGGGGGUCCAUCAUCAGCCCACGCUGGGUCAUCACAGCAGCUCACUGCUUCGUCCAGUACAACAUGAUGUAUGAGUCCGACUGGCAGGUUGUGGUUGACACCGUCCGCUUGUUCGACGCUUCGCAGGGGAAGAGGUACAGUGCCCUGGAGAUCUAUCCCCACCCAAGCUUCUCUGAGGACAACAACGACUACGACCUGGGGCUCCUACGCACCACAGCAGACAUGGAGAUGAGAGGUGGAGUGAGGCCUGUGUGCUUACCGAGUCGGAGGGAGUCAUUCCCCGUGGGUUCCCCCUGCUGGGUCACCGGCUGGGGCUACACAAAGGAGGGCGGCUUGGUGUCGUCAGAGAUGAGGCAAGCCCAGGUGAGGGUGAUCGACCAAUCCCUGUGCUCGCAGCCAAAUGUGUACGGCUCCUACCUCACUCCCAGAAUGCUUUGUGCUGGUUUCAUGGAGGGAGGGGUGGACUCCUGCCAGGGAGACAGCGGAGGCCCCCUGGUGUGUGAGACAGCAGAGAGAGAGUGGAGACUAGCCGGCGUGGUGAGCUGGGGUGAGGGAUGUGGCCGACGCAACAAGCCUGGGGUUUACACACGCGUCACCCACCUGUUAGAGUGGAUGGAGCGUUACAUACAGGUAGGCUACUCACGCACCCAUCUAAAAAUGAGACACGGUGGAGUGCAGGGCUUUAGCCUACUUGCUAACAUUUAGUCUUAUCUUUUGCAGGUGGCAGAGGAAGAAACA